AUGGAUGAUAUUUUGAUAACUGGUUCGAAUCAAAAGCUUCUCUCCCAGCUUAUUUCUGAUCUCAACAAAGAAUUUGCUGUUAAAACUUUAGGACCUUUACACUAUUUUCUUGGGGUUGAGGUAAGUCGAACAUCAUCUAGUAUGUAUAUUUCCCAGUCCAAAUAUGUUGCUGAUUUGCUCACUAAACUACAUAUGGAAGGGGCUAAGCCAAGCUCAAAUCCCACUAGUUCAACUCAUAAAUUGUCUUUAACAACUGGUGAUCCAUUUGCUGAUCAUACCCUAUACAGAAGUACUUUAGGUGCUCUCCAAUAUCUCACUUUGACUAGACCUGAUGUUGCAUUCAUUGUGAAUAAAUUAAGUUAUUUUUUUCAUGCACCUACUACUUUACAUUGGGAAGCUUGCAAUAGGCUAUUGAGGUAUCUAAAAGGGUUAAUACAUGAGGGGUUGCUCUUACGACCUGCUCCACAACUUACUCUUCAUGCCUACUCUGAUGCGAAUUGGGCUAGUUGCCCUGAUGACCGACGAUCCACAGGUGGAUAUGCAGUGUUCUUGGGUGAAAAUUUGGUGUCUUGGUCAGCAAAGAAACAACAAGUUGUUGCUAGGUCUAGUACAGAGAGUGAAUUCCGUGCACUAGCCAAUACCAUUGCUGAGGUUAAGUGGCUUUCUUCGCUGUUGUCAGAACUUAAAGUUCAUAUUUCAGAUGAUCCAAUAAUUUGGGUUGACAAUUAA